AGGCCACAAGCUAACUUUAGACUUUUAAAUCGUCCGCGUGAGAACAGGAGUGUUGAGGCUCGCGACCCACCGCCAGCUUAGGUUGUGCUUCUGAUUAAUUACCUUUUUUGUGGGGGUUAACAAGAUGCUAAAUUAUCCAAGCAAGCGUCGGCUGGUAACCUUUUGUAGUGAUGAGGCGAGCUAACCCAGUGUGGUUUUCCUCGGGAUGGAGUCGCUCGUUAGCCGUCCUGCUGCAUCAUCAGAGGGGAUGAGGACGGAGGGCCUCUAACGUUAUCUCUGCACCGUGGAUGAUAACAGUAACGCUAUCUUAUAAACUUGUCUGUCCCUUCACGGAAAAGGGACACAUGACCACUAAUCAACCUUUCCCAUGAUUAGAGGCAUCCGUUUGUUUUCAUCAAAGACAGAGGCUAGCGUUAACUUUGUUCACCGGCAUUUAAAAAGCUACACAGAGAUCUGUGUGACACUGAGCUGCGGAGCCCCAGACCAGAGGAAACCACCUGCUGUGCCCAGUUGUUCUCGUUUCGUUGUUUACAUCUCUCUGACCAGCGGGAAGAUUUGCUCUAAUAGCAAAAGAACAUCUGCAGCAAGGGCCUGCUGUCAAUUCAUCCCAGCCGCUUUAAAGACCUGACCUUCCUUGUCCUGGAAUUGAAUGCAGCUGAGAUUCAGAAGCAGAUUGAUUGGGGGAAUAAUGAAAUUCACUGAUAUCGCCCAAGAGGGCAGCCUCAAGAUGGUCACUUAUACUUGCAUUGAUUCUCUGUUCAAUGUGAGGAGAAGCUCCAUCCCCUAGUUAUCUUGAUGAAGGCCUUUUUCUGACAAAAGAUAAGGGCCACUUGGGGCCAGGAGGUGGAGGGCUGUUCCUCCGCUGCCAUCUGCUCUGCCCUCUGAUUUCAACUGUUCAAUAGAGUUCAUCGCCCUCCUGACGUCAAGAUGGAGCUCUUCUUCAACCCUUUCGACAACUUGGUGUGCAUCCUGCUGGGCAUCUCCUUCACCGUGUGGUUCACCCUGCUGCUGGUCUUCAUUAUCGUACCUGCCAUCUUUGGGGUGUCCUUCGGCAUCCGACGUCUUUACAUGAAAACCUUGUUAAAGAUCUUUGAGUGGGCCACACUUAGGAUAGAGAGAGGAGCCAAAGAAAAGAAUCACCCCUUGUACAAACCCUACUCAAAUGCUAUCAUUGCCAAGGAGCCCACCUCUUUGGAGGAGGAAAUCAAGGAGAUCCGGCGGAGCGGCAGCAACAGAGACUUGGACUCAUCCCCUGAGUUUGAGAUGUCCGACAUCUUCUAUUUUGCUCGGAGAGGAGUGGAGAGCAUCAUGGAUGAUGAAGUGACCAAGAGGUUCUCUGCUGAGGAGUUGGAGUCCUGGAAUCUGUUGACCCGCAGCAACAACAACUUCCACUACAUCAGCCUGAGGCUGACCGUCCUAUGGGGGCUGGGCCUGCUGAUCCGCUACGGCUUCCUGCUGCCUCUCAGGGUAACACUUGCCUUCACUGGUGUGGGCCUCCUUGUGUUCCUCACCUCUGUUGUUGGACUUCUGCCAAACGGAAGGGCUAAAAACUUUCUGAGUGAGAAAGUCCAUUUGAUGUGCUACAGAAUAUGUGUCAGAGCUCUGACUGCCAUUAUAACCUACCAUGACAGUGAAAAUAAACCCAAGAAUGGAGGAAUCUGUGUCGCCAACCACACCUCGCCCAUUGAUGUCAUCAUCUUGGCCAGUGACGGCUGCUAUGCUAUGGUUGGCCAAAUUCAUGGUGGCUUGAUGGGGGUCAUCCAAAGAUCCAUGGUCAAGGCCUGCCCACAUGUCUGGUUCGAACGCUCAGAAGUCAAAGACAGACAUCUAGUGGCCAAAAGAUUGAGCGAUCAUGUAGAAGAUAAAUCUAAACUGCCCAUUCUCAUUUUCCCAGAAGGCACCUGCAUCAACAACACAUCAGUUAUGAUGUUUAAGAAGGGCAGUUUUGAGAUUGGUGCCACAGUCUACCCUGUGGCCAUUAAGUAUGAUCCCCGAUUUGGAGACGCCUUCUGGAAUAGCAGCAAGUUUGGAAUGGUCAACUACCUGUUGCGUAUGAUGAGCAGCUGGGCCAUCGUCUGCAGCGUGUGGUACCUUCCUCCCAUGUCUAGAGAGGAGGGUGAGGAUGCUGUACAGUUUGCCAAUCGUGUGAAGGCAGCCAUAGCCAGGCAAGGCGGACUGGUCGACCUCUUGUGGGAUGGAGGAUUGAAGCGAGGAAAGGUAAAAGAUACCUUCAAAGAAGAGCAGCAGAAGCUGUACAGUAAAAUGCUGGUGGGCACCCAAGAGGACCGCAGUCGCUCCUGAAGGACCUCUGUGGAGGUGGACUGGCUCAGAAACCCACUCGAGUGCCUCUGACUAAAUAGGCAGUCAGCAGGGCUCUCUUCCUCUCUACUGGAGCUCCCAGACUGGAAAAUUCCCUCUCUGAUGUCAACAGUACUCCAUUUGGCUUCCUCGGUCACUGCCUCAGCUUGGCAUGUUCAGUUUGCAUCGCUGUUACGGGUCAUUCCGAGUCUGCUGCCCUUUGUUGGAAUGGCUCGACCGAAGCCUCGCUUUUGUUAGAACGAAAGCAAGGUGCGCACAGUAAAGGAGCGUCGUCUUCCCUGUCGGCAGUCUUUUGAGGGACAACAUGUAUUAUUAUCUAUCAUUUCUGUCUUUGUUUGAUAUUUUAAACUUUUUAAUUUUCAUUUUACAGUCAUGUUUGUAUCACAUGGUUUUAAAGUUACAGACCUGAGUAUACCUGGGAUGUAGAGGAGAGUUAUUGUAGAUAAAAACUAGUUUGUUCUAAAGCUAAAACCUGUGGCUGAGUUGGGGUUUUGCAUGACUGGCUCGUUCCCAUGAUUUAGCACACAAUGCCAGAUUUUGUUACAUUUCAGAUAUUUUUAUGGGCUUUUUUCAAGAGAAAAAAAGCUUUGUGUUUAACAUUAAGACUUAUAUCAA